CAGAGACACAGCAGAGAUCACCGUGAAGAGAAGACAGCAGGUGUUAUAAAGAGGACAAGUUUCUUCUACGGGGAAGACUGACUAUCUCAAGAAUCGAAUUAGGAUGUUUGUUCUCAUCUUGGCGGCUCUGCUGUUCUCUGUGAGAAGCAAUCAUGCUGACACAGGUGCAUCAGCGGGGCAGGGAGCCUGCGGUGACAAAAGAUACUGUAUCACUCUUAGUGAAGUAGAAAUAACAGCAGAGGCUGGACUCUGUGUUGUGAUACCGUGUAAUUUCACUAUUGCUGACAACUUCAUUGUCAAAAGAGUAAUUUGGUACAAAUGUGAUCAAGGUAAAACAAAAUGUGAUUCUGACAUAAUAUUUGACACCAAUAACAUCAACAAAAAUCAGACAGGACGGGUGUCACUGUUGGAGCCUGACCUGAGUAAGAAGAACUGCAGCAUCAUCAUCAAUGACCUCACUAAGUCAGACUCUGGAUCAUAUCAACUCAGAGUUAAUGGUACUGGAAAGCAGGAUGGAUACACAUUCCCGCAUUACGCAACUAUUUCUGUUAAAGAUCUAAGUUCGAAGCCCAAAGUGAUGGUUCCUGUACUGAUAGAGGGACGGCAGAACACACUGACCUGCACUGCUCCUGGUCUCUGCUCUGGAUCUGUUCCUACAAUCACCUGGAUGUGGAGAGGAACAGGACCGAACAAAACUAAGAUUGAGAAUCUGACUGCUGUCACACAGACACACAGCUCAACUUUGACCUUUAACUCUUCAGCUGAACACCAUGGCACCGAUAUCACCUGUAAGGUCAGCUUCACAGGCAACAAGACUACAGAGGAGACGGUGACUCUGAAUGUGACCUAUAUUAAAAUAACUGGAAAUACAACUGUGAAGAAAGGUGAUGCGCUGAAUUUGACCUGCAGUGUUGUAGGUUUCUCUCCAUCUAGUAUCACAUGGACUGAGCCUAGCUCCAACAAAAAACACAAUGGAACCAAAACUGACAUGCAUAACAACACAGGAUCCGACCUAAAGAAUGACACCGAAGCCAAACUGAAGGACGACACUGGAACCAAAGGUGGAACUGACACACAGAACAAAACUGUAACCCAGAUGCAGAAGACCACUGGAGCGCUCACCCUCAUUAUCCCUAGGAUGAGCUCAGAGCACUCUGGCCGGUACAUCUGUACAGCAAAAUACCUGAACACAACUUUGACUAAAUAUGCUGACAUAACUGUAAAUUGGUAUCCGGAGAUCUUAAAUAACUCUACUUGUAAGAAGUCCAGUCGAUCAAAGGUCGUGACCUGUGUGUGUAUCAGUAAGGGGCUUCCCCUACCCACCAUCACAUGGCCGCUGGUGAAGAACCACACUGAGUACUCUGUCAUUACCACUGUGUCAAAACACACAGUCAACAGCACCAUCACUGUGUCUGUGACAGAUCACAGCAACACCACUAUCAAGUGUGUCAGCAGAAAUUAUAUUGGUGAAGCAGAAAGAAACUUCACGAUCAAAAUAAAUGAGUCAGAACAAGAUGAUCUACUAUGGAAACUUUUGGAAACUGUUAUCCAGCCACAAGUCAUCAUCGCAUUUUUGAUUGGCAUAUUUCUUUCAGCAAUCAUCUGCUGUUUGGCAAGAAAAUGCCACAGGAAAAAACAGAAGAGCUAUGGUAAUCUGGCUGAGAGCCUGGAGAUGGAGACCAUACAAGCAGUUCCACUGAUGCCAAUAGAUGCCGGUCAAGCAGUGGAAGAUGAUGUGACUCACAACCAAGAGGCAGCUGAAGGAGGGGCAGAGGCUGCAGGGCAGUGGAACGUGGAACCAAAAGAGGUGGAAUACUCCACAAUUGACAUCUUCAUGUUAAAAAGGAAGAGUCCCGCACAGGAGACACAAGACGCCACAGAGACUGAGUAUGCUGAAAUUAAGAGAGAAGAAAAAGAAGAGAGACAAGACAAUGGUGGGGAGGAACCUGAAAUGUUGGACGGCAAUGAGGAGGUGAUGAUAGAGGAAGAUAAGGAGAUAAGACAGUGUAUGCUGGCAGAGGAGGAGGGAGGGCAGGAUGUGGUAAUGUGUUCCGAUAUGACUGAAAUAUUGACUACAGAGGAUUUUGUUCUGUGGAGAGACAGACCGGCUGUUUCAAGGAUGUUUGUUCUCAUCUGGGCGACUCUGCUGCUCUCUGUGAGAGGCAGCAUUGCUGACGCAGCCACAUCUCCAGGAAAAAAAGGAAACUGUCAAAAUGGAUUAUGUAUCACCCUUAGUGAAGCAUCAACAGCAGAGGUUGGACUCUGUGUGAUUUUACGGUGUUCUUUACCUGAUGACUUCACUCUUGAAAAUGUAAUUUGGUACAAAUUUGCAUCUGAGAAAAACAGUACUGCUCCUCAAAUAAUCCUCCACUACAACAAGACCAACCAAAACGUUCAGACUGGGUUUAGAGGACGAGUGUCACUUUUGGAGCCCGAUCUGACUAAAAGGGACUGCAGCAUCAUCAUCAAUGACCUCACCAAGUCAGACUCUGGUUCAUAUCAAGUCAGCAUUAAUGGUCUUCUGAAUGGAACAAUGAAUAGAUCCAUAUUGUCCAAUAAUGCAUCUAUCACUGUAAAAGAUCUGAGUCAGAAGCCCACAGUGACGAUUCCUCCGCUGACUGAGGGACAGCAGACCACAUUGACCUGCACUGCUCCUGGUCUCUGCUCAGGAUCUGUUCCUACAAUCACCUGGACGUGGAGAGGAACAGGAGAGAACACUCAAAUCACAGGAAACAGAUCAACAUUGACCUUUAACUCUUCAGCUGAACACCAUGGCACAAAGGUCACCUGUAAGGUCAGCUUCACAGGCAACAAGACUACAGAGGAGACUGUGACUCUGAAUGUGACCUAUGUUAGGAAACUUAAAAUCCAUGGUACUAAAGCUGUUCCGGAGGGUGAUGCUGUGAAUCUGACCUGCAGUAUUGACAGUUUCCCACCAUCUCUUAUCACAUGGACUAAACUUGGCUCAAACAAAACCCUGCACAAAGGAAUCACAACUGAGUUGCAGAGCAACAUGGGAAUGGCCUCUCUGGUCAUCCCUAACAUGACAGCAGAGCAUUCUGGACAGUACAUCUGUACAGCAAAACAUCUGAACAACACUCUGAUGGAAAGAGUUGACAUAACAUUGCAUCCAAACGUCCUAAACAGCUCUGGAUGUGUGGCUCAGUCUGAGGUCCUGACUUGUGUGUGUAUCAGUCAGGGGGUUCCUUUACCCGCCAUUAAAUGGCCGCUGUUGGAGAAUCAUACUGAUUACUCUGUUAUCACCACUGUGUCGAACCACACAGUCAACAGCACUGUCGUCUUAACUUUAAAAGAUCACAGCAACGCUACUGUUGAGUGUGUCAGCAGGAAUAAAAAUGGAGAAGUAAAAGGGGACCUCGUCAUCAUAAACAAAGAACAAGGGGGUCAAGUCAUGAAAAUGUUAAGAACUGUCACUCAGCUGGAAGUCAUCAUUGCAUUUUUUACUGGUGCACUUUUUUCAGUAACCUUCUGCUGUUUGGUGAGGAAAUGCCACAGAAAAAAACAGAGUACCCAUGAACAUCUGGCUGAGACCCUGGAGAUGGUGACCAGUCAGGAGGAUCCACUGAUACAUGCUGGUGAAACAGUGGAAGAUUAUCAGACCCACAAUCAAGAGGCAGCUGAAGAAGGGGCAGCCGGGAAAUCAGACGUGGAGUAUUCCAACAUCAACGUCCUCCUGUUGAAAAGAAAAAGUCCAACAAAGGCGAGGAAUUUCCAAGAGACCACAGAGACAGAGUACACUGAAAUUAAGAAAGACGAAGCAGAGGGGAGGCAGGAUGGAGAUAGCAAAGAGGAGGAGGUAAUGAUAGAGGAGGAGGAGACAAAAGAUGAUAUUCUAGAGGAGAAGGAAGGUGCAGAUGUGGCACUGUAUUCCAAUGUGAAGGAUAUAAUGGGUCAGAUUUGAGGAUAGUUUAGCUCAGUUGGUUGAAGAUAAAGUUACUGCCAUGUUGGCCUCCCGCUGCAAUGUGUAAUGCUCCUGUGUGCAGUUUUCUACUAAGGCAGUCAAUAUCAGAUGACAUACAGGCACAUAUCCCAUGCACGAUUCAAAAGUUAUCCAUGUAAUUGUAAGUCCCAUGAUUUACUGUAUGUGAGCACUUAGAACUCAAGGGAAAAAAAGCUUAAAAAAGCUGUUGAGAAAAUGUUCACACUUUAUCUGAAAAUUUCAGUCUGCAAUAUUACUAUGAGUAUGCAAACAGGUUUUAAUGACAUUAAAGCUGUAUUAUGUUAAAUUAACUACUGUAUAUAGCAAUUUAAGUUUUUAAUGAUUUCAUACUACAUACUAUGAUUAUUUAAAAAAUAACACUAGAGAACUGAAAUCACAUUAAAUUAACUUUAUUCGGGUGUUUCAUUGAUAUCAAGGCAUUGAAGAAGCAUUUUUUGUAUAGACUUUUAUUGUCUUUGUUUAUCUAAAUAAGUUAAUACAAUGUUAAAGUGAUAGUUCAUUUUGGGAACAUUUUAAGAAAUGUACUUUUUUUUUUUGCAAGAGGUAGAUGAAAGGAUCAAUAUCUCUCACAUGUCUGUUCAUUAAUUGUGGAGCUGUAGCCAGACACUAGCUUAGCUUAGGACAGUGGUAUCUCAAAGUGGAUCUUUCAUGUUGUAGUGAUUGUGGUGUAACUAUGUGCAGCCUGCUGGUUGCUAGGCAGCUUCAGGGCAAUGAUAAGUCUCCAGGAAGUCUCUGCAUCUGACUUACCAAGAAAUGGUUACAGUUGAGGAAAUAUGAAAAAAAGAUGAGUUUUGUUUGAGUGUUGAGUCUUUCCUCUAAUGAAUUUAUUUAAUAAAUUCAGAUAUUCAGAUAAAACUAUUUUAGCUCAGAAUAAAAAAUUAUAACGCGAUUACAACUUCCAUGACUUUCUAAAAGACAGGAUUAACAAAUUUCACAGUGGUUGUUGGCCAUUAUCAAAAAGUUUUUUAUUCUGAAUUCAAGCAAAAUUAUUGUAUCAUACUCAUGUAUAUUGUUGUGGGAACCAGCCAACAAAGAAUUAUUGUGUGAGCGGAUGUGAGCUUAAAAUAGCAUCUGAAAAACAGAGCCAGUGUUUUGCAUAAAAGGUUCCUCUUAAUAGAGAUGAAAAAAAGACUGCAGCUUGGUUAAUAUUAGACUAUCACAUGCAUUACCUUCCUCAACUUUAGUAUUACCUUGUUCCUCUUUAUUGGAAAUGCCUUUAUAAAGUCUUAUUUUUUAGUUAAUGGAAUGGAGGAGUAACUGUCAUACUGUUGAUUGUUUUUUCUGUGCAUCAACAUUAAAGGAGAGAUGUACAACUCUUAAACUGUCUUCAUACCUAAAUGACAAAAUAGAUUACUUAUGGUUGAAAUUUAUAUGGACUGUGAGGGAAAAACAGUUGCUGUAGUUAAAAAAUACAUUUUUAAGGAACUUUGUGGCCAUCAUGAUGACUUUUGCCCAUCUUUUCUUGUAUGAAUCUCAACAGGUGUGCUUAUUGGUGAAGAU